AUGGCACAGGCGGACUCAUACGGACCUGAAUUAAAGGUGCUAAUGCAUAACAAAGACCACCCAGUCACCGAGUGGCUUUCCCUGGAAAAAUCGAGCUGUCUAUAUAAGCUAUCGCCGCUUUUGGAUGAAACCAAUGUGGUCCGAAUGGAGGGACGAACAGAACGAGCGGAAUAUCUACCAUUUGAUUUGCGGUUCCCAAUCAUUUUGCCGGCUGAAAAUGCAGUAACGAAAUUGCUGGCCCAUCAUUAUCACUCAAAAUUUGGCCAUGGAUACCGCGAAACGGUAAAAAAUGAGUUGAAGCAAAAAUAUUUAAUACUGAAGGUUGAUGCAUUGGUCCGAAGAGUGUCUUCGUCAUGCAUGUGGUGUAAAGUUCAGCGAAACAAACCACAAUGUCCCAGAAUGGCACCGCUACCGGUGCAGAGACUUGCGCCGUAUCUUCGGCCGUUUAGCCACGUCGGCGUCGACUAUCUGGGUUCAUUCGAGGUGACAGUGAAUCGCCAUGUGGAAAAAAGAUGGAUCGCGUUGUUCACUUGCCUAGUGAUGCGGGCUGUACACGUGGAAGUCACGUAUGGGCUGACGACCCAGUCUUGCUUGAUGGCGAUUAGGCGGUUUAUGGGUAGACGAGGUCCACCAACCGAGUUCUUUUCGGACAACGGGACAAAUCUGCGAGGAGCUAGUAAGGAAGUGGUAAAGACCAUUCAUGAUGUCGCAAAAGAUUGCGCAGGGGAGCUAACGAACGCACAAACCAGAUGGUCGUUCAAUCCACCCGCGACCCCACAUAUGGGUGGUGUUUGGGAGCGGCUGGUGCGUUCGGUCAAGGAGGCGUUGACGGUGCUUAACGAAGGGAAGCGGCUCACGGACGAAAUUUUGCAGACCAGUAUCGUUGAGGCAGAGGAUAUAAUAAACUCCCGCCCGCUCACGUAUGUGUCUCAACAAUCUGGAGAAACGUAUGCGUUGACACCGAAUCAUUUUUUGCGAGGGGUUUCACCCAACGAACCAUGUAGCGUUCCCCCUUCCCCGCGUCCAGCAGAAGCUCUGCGCGACUCAUAUAAACGAACGCAACAAAUAGCGGACGAAAUGUGGACACGUUGGAUAAAAGAAUAUAUCCCAUCAGUAAACCAGAGAACGAAAUGGUUCGAAGAAUCACGACCUCUCAAGGCAGGAGAUUUGGUAUAUGUUACCGACGGCAACGCAAGGAAAUCAUGGGUUAGGGGGAUUGUAGAGGAGCCAAUUGUCUCGAGUGAUGGAAGGAUUCGACAAGCGUGGGUUCGCACCAAGACGGGAUUGAUAAAAAGAGGAACCACAACAUUGGCGGUGUUGGAAAUUAGUGACAGCAACACUGGGCCGGAUAUAGACCGGACCAGAGUUACGGGCCGGGGGAUGUUCGGGACAACACCGUUGGACCACCCGUAG